AUGGCGGAUGCAACACAUGGGCCGGCUAGCUUUUGGACGCAGGCAGAUGCUUUGUUAAGGAAGAAUUUGACUUUUCAGAAACGAAAUCUGAGGACUAAUAUACGACUCAUCAUAUUUCCAUUUUUCCUCUGUCUGUUGCUUGUUCUGAUUCAAAGUCUGGUCAACAAAGAAUUAGAUAAACCCUCAAACAGGUGUGGUUGUACUUGUGUUGAUACUAAUGGUGAUGGUCAAUGUGAGGAGAAGUGCGGGAUUGAAUACUCGACUCUGGACCAAGUGGGCACCUGUCCCAUUCCUCACCCACCAGAAUGGCCGCCUCUAUUACAAAUACCGGCACAACGUUAUCGUGCAGUAAGAACUGAUUUUAUUUCAUAUUCAGACUUGUCUGAUGAAUCAUGCAAGACAACAGGUUCAUGUCCUGUAACCAUGCUUUUGACUGGAAAUAAUCAAACACUUGGACUAGGUGUGGCGGCAAAUAUGUUUGCAAGGAGACCUCUUAAUGUAAAUUCCUCUGAUAUUCUGUUCAGCCUUGCAAAUUAUCCAUUGGGUUCCCAGUCGAAGACUCAGUUUUCCAGUUUUCUUGAGCCAGCCUUCUUUUCAAAUCUUCCAGUCUAUUAUGUUCAAUCUCAAUGUGCUCCAAACUCUGAAUUUCCUGUUUCACUUCAAAUUGGUUCUGCUGCAUUUCAACAAGAUGUAAGUUGUGUUCCUGGUUUACAAUUAUGGCGUAAUAGUUCUUCAGAGAUUAAUGAUGAGCUAUACAAGGGUUAUCGUAAAGGAAAUAAAGAAAGGAAGAUUAAUGAGAUUUUAGCAGCGUAUGAUUUUUUGAACUCAAAUGCAAAUAAUUUCAAUGUGAGUAUAUGGUACAAUUCUACAUAUAAGAAUGAUUCAGGCAAUCAGCCUCUUGGAUUGACGCGGGUGCCUCGCUCAGUAAACUUGAUAUCAAAUGCCUACCUCCAGUUUUUGCUUGGACCUUCAGUGCAAAUGCUUUUUGAGUUUGUGAAAGAAAUGCCAAAGCCUGAAACAAAACUUAGGCUGGAUUUCUCGUCUCUGCUUGGGCCACUAUUUUUUUCGUGGGUUAUCUUUCAGUUAUUUCCAGUUGUACUGACAUCUCUGGUUUAUGAGAAGCAACAAAGACUAAGAAUCAUGAUGAAAAUGCAUGGGCUAGGCGACUGGCCUUAUUGGAUGAUUUCUUAUGCUUAUUUCCUUUUAAUAUCUUCAAUCUACAUGUUAUGCUUUGUUAUUUUUGGUUCACUCAUAGGGCUAAAAUUCUUCACUCUAAAUGACUAUAGCAUCCAGUUCGUGUUUUAUUUCAUCUACAUAAACUUGCAAGUGUCAGCGGCUUUUCUGGUUGCUGAUUUGUUUUCUAAUGUGAAGACUACUACAGUUGUGGGGUAUAUGAUGGUUUUCGGUUCCGGACUCUUGGGUGGAUUUCUUUUCCAAUUCUUUCUCCAAGAUACUUCAUUCCCAAGAGCUGGGAUUAUUGCUAUGGAGUUAUAUCCAGGAUUUUCACUUUAUCGUGGAUUGUAUGAGUUUGCACAAUAUUCAUUUACUGGAAAUUAUAUGGGAACUGAUGGGAUGAGAUGGAAAGAUUUAAACGAUAGCAAAAAUGGGAUGAGAGAAGUCUUAAUUAUUAUGUUAGUGCAAUGGUUGGUUUUGCUUGGGGUAGCAUAUUAUGCAGAUCAAGUCGCAUCAUCGGGAAGAAAUCCUUUAUAUUUCUUGUGGAAGCAUCAAAAUAAGCCCUCAACAUCCUUCCGGAAACCUAGCUUUCAAAAGCAGGGGUCUAAAGUUUUUGUUGAGAUGGAGAAACUUGAUGUUGUCCAGGAGAGGGAGAAGGUCGAACAGUUACUACAAGAAUCAAGUACCGGUCAUGCGAUUAUUUGUGAUGACCUCAAAAAGGUAUAUCCAGGGAGGGACGGGAACCCGGAAAAAUUUGCCGUGAGGGGGUUAUCACUUGCUCUGCCACAAGGGGAAUGCUUUGGCAUGCUUGGUCCUAAUGGUGCCGGCAAGACUUCGUUUAUCAAUAUGAUGAUUGGGCUCAUAAAGCCAAGCUCGGGUGCUGCAUAUGUUCAGGGACUUGAUAUACGGACGGAUAUGAAUCAAAUAUACACCAGCAUGGGAGUAUGUCCUCAGCACGAUCUACUCUGGGAAAGACUAACAGGAAGGGAGCAUCUACUUUUCUACGGAAGGCUUAAAAAUCUUAAAGGUGCUGCUUUAAAUCAAGCAGUCGAAGAAUCUCUGAGGAGUGUGAACCUAUUUCAUGGUGGUGUUGCGGACAAACAAGCAGGGAAAUAUAGCGGAGGUAUGAAGAGGAGGCUUAGUGUCGCAAUUUCACUUAUUGGAGAUCCCAAAGUGGUGUAUAUGGAUGAGCCAAGUACUGGAUUGGAUCCCGCAUCAAGAAAAAUGUUGUGGAAUGUUGUAAAGCGUGCAAAGCAAAAUAGAGCAAUAAUUCUCACAACACAUUCAAUGGAAGAGGCAGAGCAUUUAUGCGAUCGUCUGGGUAUUUUCGUGGAUGGCAGCUUGCAGUGUGUUGGAAACCCCAAAGAGCUAAAGGCAAGAUAUGGAGGAUCAUACGUGUUUACAAUGACUACAAUCUCAAAUCAUGAGGAAGAAGUAGAAAAUUUGGUACGACAUCUCUCUCCAAAUGCCAACAAGAUAUAUCAAAUCUCCGGGACACAAAAGUUUGAGUUGCCGAAGCAGGAGAUAAUUAUUUCUGAAGUGUUCAAAGCUGUUGAGAAUGCAAAGAGUCGAUUCACAGUUCAUGCGUGGGGUUUGGCUGAUACAACCUUAGAAGACGUGUUUAUCAAGGUCGCACGAGGGGCCCAGGAAUUCAAUGUUCUAUCGUAA